CCCAAGCAGCUCUCUGUCCGAUGGAACAGCGAGACGGCAAGCACGCCGAUAUUUAAAGAAUGGGUAUUUGAAGAUAUCAACGCCUCCCUCCCCUCCGACUCGACUUCCUCCCCCUCUGUAACGCCGCAAGUCAUCCUCAUCGAUGUCCGCGAGCCCGCCGAACUCAAGUCCACCGGGAUCAUUCCCUCCGCGGUCGCUGUCCCGCUCGCCUCGCAGCCCGACGCCCUAUUCCUGACCCCCGAUGAAUUCGAGACUCGGUUCGGCUUCCCCAAGCCCGGUGUGGCGGAGCUAGCCGCGGCCGCGAAACGAGGCGAGCGCGGCCCCGAGCUGGUGUUUUACUGUAAGGCUGGCGUGCGAGCGAAGGCGGCGGCGCAGCUGGCUGCCCAGGCUGGGUAUGAUCCGGAGAGAAUUGGGGUUUACGGGGGGAGUUGGUUAGAUUGGAUGGAGAGAGGAGGGAAGGUGGAGAAAUGGGAGGGGUCGGGGUAU